UUUCAGACUGUAUUAUCAAGUUUGUCUCAGCCCAGGCUCUAAAUAAGUAAAUAUUGCCUUCUUAUACAACUAGAAGUCUCAGGUUUUUUUGUUAGGAAGCUACUACAUUAGCAUGCUGUAUGGCUUACACCCCACUGUAUGUUCCAGACACCUGAUAAUUGCAGCCUCUCCCCUAUGCCUUACAGUCACACCCAGCCUUAUGUGCUGCAGCAUUACAACGACAUUGCUUCACAAUUUUAUUUCAACAACAGAUAAUUUUUCACAAAGCCAACAGCUAGUAGUUUAAGCUGCUCGAAUGGCUUCUUUUUCUCAGUCAUCCAGCGGUGAUGUUUUUCCAUGGCAACCAGAUGCUUCAAAGGGGGGAAGAAAAGCAUAUCUUGGUCCAACUACAUCAGAAAACCAUGUGACCAGAAUUUCUAAUAGUUCUUCUUCUUUCACCACAGAGGACAUUUUUAAAUACAACAAAGUAACAACUACUACUACAAUUACUAAUGGCUGCGCUAAUGACUCCCCUCCUUCCAUAUCCGAGGACAUAUUUAAAUCUCAACUCAAGAUAACAUCUGACCUCCACAAUUCACAUACUUUGGAGGAGGCGGAGACCAAACUAAAUUCAAAACUGUCAUCUUUCAUGGACAAGAUACAAUUCUUGGAAAAGCAGCGUGAGAUUCUGGAAAACCGUUGGUCAAUGUUGCAAAGUGUAGAAGACACCCCAGUUCAAGACCUGGAGCCUAUUUAUCUGUCUUACUUAAGUAAAUUACUGGCAGAAGUGAAUCGUGUAUCCAAGGACAAUCAUCAAACCCAGAGGAGCCUACUGGACAUGUUGGAUUCAGUCAAUGAAACAAAGAACAAGUUUGAAGAUGAGUUAAGUUUACGUACUGACUUGGAAUAUUCUUUUGUGGGGAUAAAAAAGGAUAUGGAUUGCUGCAGUUUGGAGAAAACUGAAUUAGAAUGCAAACUGCAGGAACUGAAAGAAAUAAUAGAGUUGAUGAAAUCGGUCUAUGAGCAGGAGCUAAAAAAUGUGAUGCAGGAGGCAGGGGAUAUAUCGGUGCUGGUGAAUAUGGACGGACGUUGUCCUAUAAACCUGGACAAUAUUGUACAGGAGGUAAAAGAGCGCUAUGAAAAGAUUGCUGCAAAAAGCCGUGAAGAGGCACAGGCACUGUCCAGGAGUAAGCUAAAGCAAGGUGCUCUGAGGGCUGGACGAUGUGAGACAGAGCUUGAGAACAGUCGUAGUGAGAUCGCUAAUCUUAACACCAAAAUACAGCGCCUGAGGUCGGACGUAUUGAGCUUUCAGAACCAGUGUAUAUACCUGGAACAAGAAGUAUCAGAGUCAAAGAAGAGAAGUGAAGUUGCCAUUAAAGAUGCCAAUGAGAAACUUACAGAGCUACAGGAGGCUCUACAGAAGGCCAAACAAGACAUGGCUCGCCAACUGCAUGACUACCAGGAGCUUCUCAAUGUGAAACUGACCUUAGAUGUAGAGAUAUUUACGUACAAGAAGCUACUGGAAGGAGAGGAGAGCAGACUACUAGAUCCACCUGUUGUGAAUAUCCAGUGUACAGAAGUAGACACCCAUGGAAUGAAACGAAAAUCCAGGCUGAUGAGAAGAAGCAGCUCCAGGAGCAUACAAAGUAACACCUCAGAUUAUUAAAUUAAUUUUGCUAUAGUGACCUUUCCAAAGCCUCAGCCUUCUUUUCCUGUUGUUUAUCCUGCCAUUUCAACAUGGAGUAAAAGGACAUGAUGAAGUCAUAUUAAAAAAUAUAUGGCCCAUAUUUAUCACAGGUGACUCCAUAAAACUGAUACUAUUAGCUGGAUUCCAAAACCACAUCAUAUGAGUGAAUGCAGAGCUAGGGGCCAAAUUAUCAAGCUCCGAAUGGCCGCAAAUCUACAGGGGGUGGCAUUGCACAAGCAGUUCACAAGAACUGCUUGUGUAAUGAUAAAUGCCGACAGGGUAUGUGCGGCGGACAUGAUACGCUACAUAAUACGCUACAUAAUAAUAAUAAUAAUAAAUAGGCCCCCUAGCCUGGUUAAAUGUAAAUUCACAUCUGCACCUUCCUUCUACUGAAAUCUAUAGGCUAGCUGACAUAUCAUAUUGAAAGUUUUACUUAAUUAAGUAUUCAUUAUAUUAACAGCCAAUACACAUUGAAAGGUAAAUAAACAUUUUUAUGCGCUAAUAAAAAAAACACACAGCA